CUAGAGGAAUGUUGACCAAUCAGAAUACAGCUUCGCCCCCAACAACCAAUCACAAACGUGACAUGAAACGCCAUUAGUGGGCGGAAAUCGUUCUGAUCGUCAAGAGUUGAUCCGUUGCUUUAGCGCUGCAAGCGUGUUUAUGACCGUGACCCUCGCGUUAUAAAGACCCGAGCGUCGGCACUCCAGCAGCGUGAGCCUGUGAAGCGCUGUUUUAUCGUUGAGUGUCGCGCAAAAGCGCGGCGGCGCGUGGUGCGAUGGCGUGUUGGUAGAGCCAGAGCGUGAUUGGUCCGUGCAGAGUGCGCCUAUGGCGCGGUCCUUAUGGGCGGUGCGCAGAUCAGCUGCCGCGCUGCUCGCCGGAGUAAAUAAACCCGCAGCUCGAGCUCGAACCCUGCGUCUACCGGCUCCUCAGCGCGCGCUUCUCCUCAGCGGGGUCAGACUGCUCAGUUCACCUGUAAGGAUGCCAGAGAUUAACAUGGAUAAUCUGGAUGAGAAGCAAGUGCAGUUGCUGGCGGAAAUGUGCAUCCUCAUCGACGACAAGGACAGAAAGAUCGGAGCAGAGAGCAAGAAAAACUGCCAUCUCAACUCGAAUAUCGAUAAAGGAUUAUUGCACAGAGCGUUCAGUGUUUUCCUGUUUAACAGCGAGGAAAAGCUUCUCCUUCAGCAGAGAUCCAAUGCCAAAAUCACCUUUCCAGGCUGUUUUACCAACACUUGCUGCAGUCACCCCCUUCACGCCGUCGGUGAACUGGAGGAGCAGGAUGCCAUCGGGGUCCGACGGGCCGCUCAGAGACGCCUGCAAGCCGAGCUCGGCAUUCCCACCAAUCAGGUGCCUCCGGAAGAGAUGACCUACCUGACCCGCAUCCACUACAAAGCCCAGUCCGACGGCAUCUGGGGCGAGCACGAGAUCGACUACAUCCUCUUCAUGCAGAAAGACGUGGAUCUGAACCCAGACCCCAACGAGAUCCAGAGCCACUGCUACGUGUCCAAAGAGGAGCUGAAGGAGAUCCUGGAGAAAGCCAAGAGAAAAGAGCUGGAGAUCACGCCUUGGUUCGGCCUGAUCGCAGAAACCUUCCUCUUCAAGUGGUGGGAUAACCUCCACAACCUCAAACAGUUCAUCGACCACGACAGGAUCCACCGCAUGUAAGCCACGUCUCAAAAGGACCCUUUAGUCGCUAAUGGACGCUUAAACGGUUAAUAAAAAGACUUCACGGUUUGGACAGGACGGACUCGUCUUACUGUUAGUAAAUGUUUGGACAAGCAGGGAUCCUAUUUCGUGUUGAGUUCUGAUAGAACCUGAAUCCACUUUUCAACCAAACGUUUGCUCUCUUCCUGUCUGAGGGUUGUGCGAAGUGCCUAGUUUCACAUGAGAGGCCGUGCUUUUGAAAGAUUGUUUUGUGUAGAUAAAACUAUGAGGUUUACAGUCACGUAAAGUAAUUAUUAAAGAAGUGAAAUAAAA